CAAAUUAGGAAACUGCUUAGCGGAGAUCUCAGGACCAAAAAAUUUACUACGAAACGGUCAAAUGUAGUGAACCCUCCAAGAAUCCCAUAGCAUUCCCAAAAAAUCACUGAUAAAAUCGCAGGCGAAGCGUCACAGUCACUCCCUCUCCUCACACGAAAAAAGUAUCCCCCCAACCCACCCCACCCCACCCCCAACCCUCAACUUAGGGUUCUUCUGUUCUUCUUCUUCUUCUCCUUUAACCAAACAACAAGAAAAAAAAAUCACAUUCCCCAAAACACCCUUCUCGCUCCGCAUGGCGAAAACGAGGCCAGGCAGAAAGGACGUGGACUCGUACACCAUAAGAGGAACCAGCAAGAUCGUCCGAGCUGGAGACUGUGUUCUGAUGCGGCCCUCGGACACGUCGAAGCCGCCUUACGUGGCGCGCGUGGAGAAGAUCGAGCAGGACAACAGGAGCAACGUGAAGGUGCGUGUGAGGUGGUACUACCGGCCAGAAGAGUCGAUUGGUGGUCGGAGACAGUUCCACGGGGCUAAGGAACUGUUCCUCUCCGACCACUACGAUGUGCAAAGUGCACACACCAUUGAGGGCAAGUGUGUUGUGCACUCUUUUAAGAACUACACCAAGCUUGAGAAUGUGGGUGCUGAGGAUUACUAUUGUAGAUUCGAGUACAAGGCCGCCACCGGGGCUUUCACCCCUGACCGUGUUGCUGUGUAUUGCAAAUGUGAGAUGCCUUAUAACCCGGAUGAUCUCAUGGUACAAUGUGAAGGGUGCAAGGAUUGGUACCAUCCUGCUUGCAUGGGCAUGACUAUUGAAGAAGCAAAGAAACUAGAUCAUUUUGUAUGUUCUGAAUGUUCAUCUGAUGAUGAUAUGAAGAAACCCCAAGCUACAUUUUCUGCAUCACUGGGAGCUGAUGGCAAGCUAACCUCUGGAAGAAAAUACAUGAGAAGUGAACAUAAGGUCCUUGAAGUCAUGACAUGAUCGUUACUUAUUGGUUAGCAAAUGACUGCUUUGAGUUUCUUAUUGAUAAAUAUAUAAUUUAUAUCACCCAGUAGUACCAUUAUAUUAAUUUUAAGUGCCAUUAAGCUGGUUCUUUAAUUAAAUAGGUUUACAAAUUUCCAUGCAAGAUAUUUAAUUCAAAUCUGGAUUCUAAUUACAUCAAACUAUUUUGUGAAAAGCAAUAAAAUGUUCACCAAGAUGUGUUUGAGGUUAUAAAUUGAAGACUAUGUACUAAAGUUUGCUCUGUCACUAUUGUGCAAGUUAUUUAAGUUUGAUCUUCCCCCAAUUUCUUAUAUGUCUGCAUGAAAGUUAUUUAAUUUUGACCUUCCUCCUACUUCUCUACUUUUGUGCUUGGUACAUUUUCUGUGAAUGGCACUGCUGAAUUUGGGAUGAUAGUUGAAUCUUGUAAGGUAUUGUAGUAAAGUCUUAUGUUUCCUAAGGACUUAUCUCUACCUAUCAUUUUUGUUUUAGAUUUCCUAUUCUUUUUACCACCUAAAAGUGUGAUUGGAUUCACAUUAAAUGAUAUAGAAUCUUGUUUAAAUACUAACUACAUAAUUUUAGGUACAUGUUCACAUUUUUGGUUCUAUGUUGAGAAAUUGAUUUUGGGUCCACAAUUUUAGGUAGCUUUUGCCUUUUGGGUUGGACGAACAUUUUUAUAGCAAGUUUUACUACUAACUUGUUUUUAGAAUAAAGGCAUUCAGACAUAAACACACCACUUUAAAAUUAAUGUUAAUCAAAAUCAAUUUUGCAAAUGCAGAAAUGCUUUUCUAAACAUACACUUAAUCUGUUAUGCACGGUAGUUAAUGUCUUAUGUGAUUUGUAAGAUUUUUAAGACAACAAAUUGGAAACUCUUGGGAGCUGUCUGGUUUGACAAAACACAUUUGUUUGUAUAGGAAAACAUUUAUAUUUUGACUUUUGAUUACAAAAAUGUCACUUAAUUUAUACUGUUUCCUAUUUUCAAAAGUUUGUAUAGGAAAAAAUGAAAACAACUUAUUGUUUACUUUUAUUCUGUUUUCAGUGUCUCUUGUACACACUUUUAAAACCAGUAAAUAAAUGUAAUUAAAAGCGGAAUUAAAAAAGUGUUUCUCAAAUCAAACGGGGUAAAUAAAUAAUUGAUAGAGAGACCUGAUCCAAUGUUUAGCUACUGUCACGUUUGCUCUUUGGAUUAUGG